UAUUGGUCCGCCAAAUUAUGACUCCAACUUGUACGCGUUUGAUGUCGAAAUCUCUUGCUCCAUGUAAGAUUUGGUUCGUGGUCCCCCAAUUUUGCCGAGUUUGAUUCCUUGGGAGUUACAAAACUUUAGGACAAACAUGUUGGGCGCUAUAAAAAUUCUCAUUGACACUCUGCCAUAUGCGUCAAAUGUGGUCUCUACAGUAAUUGAGCAAAACGCUGAAGCACAGGAUCACGCAUCCAAAGAGGAAUCAAGAGUUGACUCACAAGUUGGAGAUGAAGUGGACACCGGGCCUGAAGCAAUAAACAAAGAUGACGGGAGGUCCAACGUUGUGGACAAAAAUGAAGGUCCUCUUGCAGAAGAUGUUGCUAAUGUCGACAAGCCAGAUCUUACUUUUCAAGAAUUUUCAACCUCAGCUGGUGUGGUCAUUGAAGAAUAUGCUAUUUCAAAAAGUGUUGACAAAGUGAGAGAUGAAGAUGGUAAACAAGCACCCGCACCUAUGUUGAUUGACACCAUCAAGUUGUUUGAGCUUGUCGAUGUGGUCAAGACGGAGCACCUGGUUUCACCGAGAGCAACUACAUAUGUUCUGCGCCCCGUCUUAUCUUUCCAUCACUUUUCUCCAAGAUCCAAGAUGGUUGAAGAUUCAAAGAGUGGAUUGCUCCUUUGGUUCAACAUUCUUUCUCCGGUCCUAAAGCACGAGUGGGAGCCUCCACCUUAAGGACAAGGAUCAGUUCGGUCCUUGUUCACCCCUACCUCCUCCUGUCUUAUCUUCUUCGCACGCAGCUUCCGUCCAGAGGAGGAGUCGCCGGAAAGCUUCGCCGGACAUCGGGUUCCUCACCGGGAUUGUUCGCCGGUUCAAGGUAGGGGCCAAGAAUUAGAUGAAGAGCAGCCCGGAGGACAGUGAAGCGUGACACUAGUGGAUGGCC